GAAGAAGACCACUCCCUAUAAAGAGAACUACUAACAGACAUAAGUCAAAUCCAAGUCAUUUGUCUCUCACUGUCACAAGAUGCUUCUCCUCCUGAUCUUUGGGAUUGUGCUUCUUCCGAAAGCCUCCACUCUAAAGUGUUAUGAGUGUUCAUCUGAUGCGUCGGGAUCCUGCAAAGACACAGAAAAGCAAUGUCCAUCCAAUGGUUAUCAGUGUGCUGCUCUGAGAGUCACCUCAUAUGCAGGUGCUUCGAAAGUCAGCGACAUCAACGUGAAAUCGUGUGCUGUGGCGGAACAGUGUGUUGAGGGCUCACUCAACUUUGGAGUCUCCAGGACGGUCAUUACCAGCAAGUGUUGCACCUCCGACCUCUGCAACACUCAACUUGCCCCAGCACCUGCGAAAUCAACUCCCAAUGGUAAGAAGUGUUUCCGCUGUGAUGGACAGACGUGCAGUGGAACUCUGAACUGCGAGGGGAGUGAGGACCGUUGCAUGACAACAACAGUGGACGUCGCGGGUGAAAAGAUAACCAUGAAGGGCUGUGCCUCCAAAGUGAUGUGCGUAGGUUCUGAAACUGCACAGCUACCAGGGGGCAUUGGAGUCGGGCUGAGCUGCUGUCAGGGGGACUUCUGCAACAGUGCCAUCAGCACACGGGCUGGCCUCCUGCUCCGGGUGGCACCACUGGUCACUUGGGUCAUGUUCUCUUAGUUUACAACAGCAUCACUGUUCAAUUGUUCUUCUUCAUAGUGCUUCAACCCCACUCCUUUACUUUGAACUGAUGAAUGAAAAAGUAUCAAUUUAGCAAGAAAAUAUCAUUAGGUUAAGCUCUGAAUGUGAGUUAUGGUUCAU